AUUGUUGUAGAUGUUUUGUUGUCAGUCUACAGGAUCCAAAUAAAGUAUCCACUCAAAAAUGGGAAGAUGGAUAUUACCAAGGGCAGUCUGGAUGAUAUAUCUCGACCAGCUUCCAGUGAGCGUUCUCGACCUGGGAGUCGAGUGUCCAGUAUUAUCCUCUCAGAGGGGGUGAGAAUGAAUCAGGACAGGAUUGGGGCCCUGGAGGUCCUCAGCUCUGAGCAGAGCACUGAAACUCAGGAUCUCCAAAACAUAGAGAAGAAUAGCCUGGACUGCCUAUCAGAAAUCAUGGCCCCUGACCAAAAUGUAUCUGAGGGGGAGAAUAAAGAUCCAGAGUUGCAAAAGGCCAUCAUAAAAAUGAAAAAACUGGACAGAAUCCUGGCUACCAAGAUCUCCAGUGAAAAAGAAGUCAAAAAGCAAGGCAGAGAGCUCCACCAGAGACUCUGGAAGGAACUAAAGGAUCACAAACCUGAGCGGAUAUCAGAGUGGACAGAUGAAGCCGAAAAUACGAGAUUGUUCCUUGCACUUACCGCCAACACCUCCAAGAAUUGCAGUGAAGAAGUGGACUUUGAGCCUGUGUUUGGAACCCAAGUCCCAGAUCAACAGAAUGACCCAAGAUGCGAAGAUGGCAAUAAAGUCUCUGCAUUGGAGAUUGGAGUGCACGGCAAGACUUCAGACUCUGUUAAAGUGGAUUGUGACUUGAAAGACGUUAAACAGACACAAAGCCAGUGCAGUGUAAUGAGCAAGAGCAAGCAUAGACAAGAUUUCAUCAAGAAAAAUAUUGAGCUAGCCAGUAGUGGAGGAAGUUUGGGACUGUUGACACAGGAAGAGAAAAAACGAUUAGAGGAACUCCUCAAGGACAUAGAUGAAGGGGAGCAUUCUGUCAGUCCUACUUCCGAACCAGAGACAGACCUUUCCCUGUGUGCUGUGUCCACAACAUUGGAUGCAGGUUAUACACCCAAAGCAGCUGAACUUGACCAACUCUUUCACAUUGAUGCCAAACUGCAGCUUCUUCUUCCUGUUCAAGAAUUCCUGUCUGUGCGAGGCCCCUAUGCUUUCCACAGCUCUUCACAGGACAAAAGAGCUGGAGAACUAGGCGAGAGGGUCCUACAGGACAUGAAGGAGUCUCGAGAGCAGGAGGAGUGUCUGUGUGAAAUACAACAGCAGCUGCAGCUACUCACACAGAGACAACACCCAGAUAGACUGACUGAAGAACAAAUGAAGAGCUUGCUGUUGGAAUGUGAAAUGGCCUUGAGCAGAAGUUCUGAUGCAGGUACAGAAGGAUUCUUGGACUACAAACCCUAUAAUGUUGUAGAGGGUCAAAUAAUGUCACUGUUGGUCAGUACGCCACGUCUAUCAAGUUCUGCUCUCUCAGAGCUGCUGCAGGAAGCUUGUGAAUCUCCAACCUGCCCUGACCAUGAGCUGAGAACUGAGAAGAGCCCUUCCUUCUGAGAGGGAAAAAAACAAAAUUAAGUACCUUAUUUUCAUAAAGUUCAACUGAAAUAUGACUAAAAAAGUAAUUUAUUGCAACUUGAGUUAUGGGGAGAAAACAUUCCAGGCAUUUUUGCCCCCAAGUGCUAAAAUAAUUUUGUCUUCUGUUGCUUUCCCAGUUUU